AAACGAGAAGAAGAAGAAAGGCCGUUCAUCCAUUCAAAUUCAAAAAUUCAAAAACCACGCCACAAAAGAAGGCAACAUAAAGCUGCCAACUUUCCUCGUCGAAUGCAAUUGCAUUACCGGACAUCUCCUUGUAAUCGGAGCUUACUCGCUUCACUUCUCCAAUACCCACAUUUCCAUUUCAAUCCCACCCCCAAUAACCAUGGGAUAGUGAUAGCUCACUUGCUCUGCUCUGUCCCUUUCAAGAAUCUCAGCAGAGAGUUAUUAUGGUCGAAUCAUACGGUCGGGGAAGUUCAUUAGCUCUCAAGGGUUCUUGCCCGACUGACGAAAUGCUCCAAGUUUGAAGAGAAAGCCCGAAUCUUUCGCCCGUUUCGAUUCAAGGGGAAGCACAGCCAGCAAUCCAGAAUGAGGGACGAAGUAUCCGUUUCGGUGUCGAAUGAGAACCACGGUCACCCGAGGGCUCUGCGGUUCGCCAACCAGAAUCAGAUGCCGAGGCCUCAGAACAUCAAGCAGAGCGCCAAUUCCUCGAGGCUGCGAUCAGCCUCCUCGUGGGGGUCGCAGAUAGUCAAGAACUUCGACAAGAAGACCAAGAAGCUCCCGCUCCUCUCCUCGGACCCGGCCGCCCAGAAUAACUCUUCUUCCGUGCCGUCUCAUCCGCGUGUCAAGCGGUCGCUGAUCGGCGACCUGUCCUGCUCGGCCAGCCCGGCGAAGGUCCACCCGACGCACCGCCGGAGUUCCUCCUCUUCUGGGUCCCGCGACCUACUUGUUGAGUUGGACCAGUUGAGGUCCCUUCUUCAAGAGUCCAAGGAAAGGGAGUGCAAGCUCCAGGCUGAGCUGUCUGUGUGCAGGAGGAGCCUCGAGAGGGAAGUGGCAUUGAAGAGGGCAGAGGCGGAGGAGCUAGCGAGGAAAGUCGACUCGCUCGAGCAUGAGAAGUCGAGCUUGUCCGAGCAACUGGCUGCUCUGACUGCUGAGGGAAGUAGUGCUCCACUGAGGAGAGAGGACAGCGAGAACUCCUCCGCGGGGUCAAGGAAUCUCGAGAUGGAGGUCGUCGAGCUGAGGAGGCUGAACAAAGAGUUGCAGCUGCAGAAGAGGAACCUCGCUUUCCGGCUCUCUUCUCUGGAGUCUCAGCUUGCUAGUCUUACGAAAGCUUCGGAGAGUGACAAUGUAGAGAAGAUUAAAGCUGAAGCUUCGCUACUGAGACACACGAAUGAAGACCUGUGCAAACAAGUUGAAGGUCUACAGAUGAGCCGAUUAAAUGAGGUCGAGGAGCUCGCAUACCUGAGAUGGGUAAACUCCUGUUUAAGAAACGAGCUACGAAACUUUGGGUCGGACUUGAGCUCCGAGUGCGAAUCAAGCCCCAGUUCAGCUGAAACAUUUUCUGUAAAAAGUUACGAGUCUUCGGAUUACAGUAAUAGUGGAAAGAAAAUGAGCCUUGUAAAGAAGUUGAAGAAAUGGCCUAUUAUGAGUGAGGACUUGUCGAGCUCGGAUCGCAUUGAGAGCAGAUUGGAUAAGAACUGGGUCCAUUUGGACGAUGAUAGAAGUCCCAGGAGGCAUUCCAUAAGCGGGACUAAGUGCAGCUCCGAUGAGAUAAAGUCGAGUAAGAGAAGGCAAUCUGAUGGAUUCAUGCUGGUUGAGAGGAGUAUGGAGUCGUUUCCUCAGCAAAAACUUGAUUGGAGCGUGAAUUGCCAAGAAAUCAGUAAACUAGCCACCCCUUUUGAGAUUGAGAAGAGGAUGUUGAGGAUAGCGAACCCACCUCCUAGGCCUUCUUGUUGUUCCAUAGCCAACGAGCCAAAGAAAGAGUCAGCACCUCAAAUUCCGGCGCCUCCACCACCACCGCCGCCGCCACCGCCACCUCCCCCACCGCCUCCAAUGGCCAGGUCAGCAGGCAAGGGUACUCCAGGAAAGGUGAAGCGGGCACCACAAGUGGUUGAGUUUUAUCAUUCCCUCAUGAAGAGGGAUUCUAGAAAAGAUGCUUCCAGUGGGGGAGUUUGCGAUGCAGCAGAUGUUGCUAAUGUUCGGAGCAGCAUGAUUGGAGAAAUCGAGAACCGAUCUUCCUAUUUGCUUGCUAUAAAGGCAGAUGUUGAGACACAAGGAGAAUUUGUCAACUCGUUGAUAAGAGAGGUGAACGAUGCGGUCUAUCAGAACAUUGAAGAUGUUGUGGCCUUCGUCAAGUGGCUUGAUGACGAACUUUGCUUCCUCGUUGAUGAGCGGGCAGUUCUGAAGCACUUCGACUGGCCAGAGAAGAAGGCCGACACGUUACGAGAAGCAGCCUUCGGCCACAGGGACCUCAAGAAGCUUGAGUCUGAAGUCUGUUACUACAAAGAUGAUCCUCGGUUGCCUUGUGAUAUUGCUCUCAAGAAAAUCGUUGCUUUGUCUGAGAAGAUGGAAAGGACUGUGUACAACCUUCUUCGGACGAGGGAGUCUCUUAUGCGUAAUUGCAAGGAGUUCCGAAUUCCGGUUGACUGGAUGUUGGACAAUGGCAUCAUAAGCAAGAUAAAGUUUGGUGCAGUAAAGUUGGCUCAGAAGUACAUGAAGAGGGUGGCAAUGGAACUCCAAUCGAAGGCUGCGCCGGAUAAAGACCCUGCAAUGGACUACAUGCUCCUCCAAGGAGUGAGAUUCGCUUUUAGAAUCCACCAGUUUGCUGGUGGGUUCGAUUCGGAAACAAUGCAGGCGUUUGAAGAGCUCCGGAAUCUCGCUUGCCUACUCAACAAGAACUAGAGCAAGAUCCCGAAGAACUUUUUUAGAAAUACGGGAUCGAUGCUUGAGGAUACGUUGCUGCUUACGUUCUCAGUAAACCUUCUGGAAGAGAACCUGCAUUCCACAAUCCACUGGUGAGCGUAUACUAAAGAGACACCAGCAAAUUUUUGCCUUAGAGGAAGUGUGCUUUGGUUAAAGUUGGAAUUGGUUGGUUUUUGGGUCUUAGUGGUUUUUGAUUAUAACAAAGGUUGGAUUGGAAAUUGUAAAGAGUUUGGGGAAUGAAACAAGGAAACAAGAAGGUACGUACAUCUUCUGCUUAGAGCUGGCCUUGUUUUAUUCCAACUUGUUUUCUUUUCUAUAUUAAUUAAGAUGUAUUAUGAGAAAUUAUUUGACGAAGUUCGACAAAAUACGAAAUGAGAAAGUUUCUGUGAGCCUGAAGGAAAGGAUGAAGAAUUUGUCAACCAAAAAA